CUUAGGUUCCAUUUCUUCUCUAUUUCCUUUUGUUACAGUUACAGCUGAUAGAAUUAAUAAUGCUAUAGAUGUAAAUGAAGUUGAUAGCGAAUGGUUAGCAUGUUUCGCAAAAAGAGAAUAUUUCCGGGUAUUAGCUUGGGUGGAUGUCCUGAAAAUGAUCAAGACAUGUUUAUUUGGAAAGCAAUUAUGCGGGGUCAUCCGGACAGUCCAUAUAAAGGUGGAAAGUUUGAACUCAGCAUUCAUUUCCCUCCGAAAUAUCCAUUUAAUCCACCCAAGGUUGCUUUCGGGACCAAGAUCUUUCACCCUAAUAUUGGCAGGAACGAUGGUAGCAUUCACAUUGAUAUUUUGAAGGAUAACUGGACUCCCGCCCUCACCAUACCCAAGGUGUUGCUGUCAAUCUACGCAAUCUUAAGGGAUCCAUUGCUCGAUAAGACAUUGGAGGAGAACAUUGCCAACAUGUACAAGACAGAUAGGAGCCAAUACGAGAAAGAUGCUCGGAAUUGGACGAAGAAGUAUGCUAUGGAUCCUCCUUAUGGAACAAUCUUGAAGGAGCUUGAGGAUCUCAAGAACUCUCAUUGCAGCGCAGGUUCUGUUGGUGGAGACAUGUUUCAUUGGGAGGUAGCUAUCUGGGAUCUUCAAGAUAGUCCAUAUGCUGGUGGAGUGUUUCAAGUUGACAUUCAUUUCCCUCUCCAAUAUCCAUUUAAACCGCCCAAGGUUGUGUUCAGGAAAAAAAUCUUUCAUCCUAAUAUUGAUGGGAAUGGUAGCAUUGGCCUUGAUAUUUUGCAGGAUCGGUGGAAUCCCAACCUCACCAUUUCCAAGGUUUUGCUUAAAAUUUGCUCACUGUUAAAGAAUCCAAAUCCCGAUGCCCCAUUGGUGCUGGAGAUUGCCUGCAUGUACAACACCGAUCUUGAGAAGUACGUUACAACUGCACAGAGAUGGACCAAGAAGUAUGCUAUGGAUUAAUGUGCUGCUACGCAUGCAAUAGGAGUGCUUCAUUCUAUCUGGCUUUUAUCUUUAAAUUAUUGUAUUAAUAAACAAAACAAUGUUGUCAUCUGAAUGGACAAUGAAAUUAGUCUAUGUUGAAAAGAACCUCUUGUUUGCAAUCGUUCAUUCUGUCAUUUUCAAUAUGCAAAAUGAAAAUUCAGCUGCUAUAA